GAUGAAAUUGUGAAAGAGCCCCAAGCAUAUGGUGCAACAUUCAUCCUGAUUAUCCUGGGCAGCGACAAAACAACCAUAUCAGUUGCUACAGGCCAGAAUGACUACUGGCCUGUCUACCUUUCCAUCAGCAAUGUUCAUAACCAUGUUCAGCAUGCACAUCACAAUGCUGUCAUCCUAUUAGCUUUCUUACCUAUUCCAAAA